AUGGCCACAAGAACAAACAUCUUGGCUUUUGAUGGUGGAGGGACGAGAGGACAGACUUCCCUCAUCAUCCUCCAGGCUAUCAUGCUCGCAGUCAACUCGAUUCUGGACAUUCCUGGUGUAACCCUGACACCACAAGACAUCUUCGAUGCCGUCUCUGGUACCAGUACCGGCGGCCUUAUCGCCAUCAUGUUGGGCCGGUUUGGUAUGAGCGUCGACCAAUGUAUCGACAUGUACGAUUCAUUGGCGGAAAGGAUCUUCAGCAAAAAGAAACUGCUGGGCUAUCUUACAAAGAGCAUCUUUAGCGACAAAUACAGCAGCAAGCCCCUACGUGAGUGCGUUGGUGAGCUGGCACGCGCCCACGUCAACGACAAGAAUGCUCCCAUGCGCUGCGACCAUGCUCCAGGCAGGAUUCCAUGCACCGUCAUUACCUGUCGACUCGAUCAUUCUGGGGCCCCCGAGUCCGGAGCCACGUUUAUCUGCACCCAUAUGUGUGAGCCGGACAUUGGUGCUCUAAUUUCUGAUGCCGCUCAUGCCACUACCGCCGCCCCUCCCUAUUUCCGAGAAUGUUGGUUGGGAGGAAGACUCUACAUCGAUGGAGGCUUCGGCCACAACAACCCUACCUGGGACACGUAUGGUCACUAUGACGAUGAGGCCAUUCGGAGGCUCGCACCCGACGUCAGGGGAACAGGCUCAGAGGCAUUCCGUAUCGUCAGCCUUGGGACCGGCCGGCCCUUGGAGGAAGCGUCUCAGGCCGGACAGCAGCCGCAAAUUCCAUACAUUCCGAACCCCAGCAAAACGUCCUCAUUGAAGAGGAUCUCAACGCGACUGAAACAUUUCAUGGCCCUAGGCAAAGCAGCCAUCCGCGCCAAGACAAGUGCAACAAACAACGACGCAUUGAUAGGCAUGGUGGGUAGGGCGAAGCUCGAGUAUCUUAGGAUCGACGGCGCCAAGGGUGUCAAACAGUUUCCCCUGGAUGCAUGCGAUCCCAAAAUCAUGCGGAAGAUGCGCCAACUAACCGAGGCCUGGCUUCUGGAGCCAGAAGGCAAGCAACAAGUCACCGAAAUAGCCCAGAUCCUCGCCGAGGAGUGGAAUUUGAGACAUCUUCUUCCAGGAAGGGCUUCUCAAAGCAACAGUCUCCCUGUCGACGCUCCCUUGUAUCAGCAGCCCCUGUCACACAGCACGCCAUCGUUGAGGCCCUCCCUUCACAUCACCACACCUCUCCGUGGCGCUUUGCUGAACGUUUCUUCGCCACUGGAGCCUACGCCAUCGACGCCAGGUCUAACACAAGGGGCCACACAAGAAGGCCGUACCGAAUCUAUCCGGUCUGUACAGGAACCCCUCUCUCCCCAACCUGAGAGCACAAACAAGUCCGCGACAGCACAACAGCCGUCAGCGAUGAAGAAUGAGACGACGAUUGGGCAACAGUUCAAAGAGUCCGGAGUGGUUGGCGAUCCCGUUCUUCCAGAUGCAGAUGACCUGUCGGUAUGA